AGUAUUCUACUAGAGCGGAUUUGCCGCGUUGUAGCCAAUAGGGUUGGAGUGGGCGUCACCGGAAGGAGUGUGGACCUUUCUCACACGUGGGUUCGGUGCUGUCUGUUGAUCAUGUCCGGCCUUUUCAUCAAAAAGAAAUCUGGGGUAACCCCGCGGAGGCGGCGGGCAGAGGGUAAUGAUGCCGAAGCUACAUCUCAGAAAAAAAAGAAACCAAAAGACACUCAUCUAAGGGAAGAAAUUGAAAGUGAUUCAGACACUGAAAUUGCCCCAGCUCGGACAAAACCUCGGCAAGAUGAGGAAGACUUGGACGAGACUGCUCAGGAGAAGAAGCUCCGGCUGGCCAAAGAAUAUCUAAAACAACUGCAGCAGCAAGAGGAAGAACAGAAAGAAGACGAGGAUCAGGAUACCAUUGCUAACAGACUGCAAGAGGAUGUGCUUGAGCAGCGAGGAAGACUUCAGCGUCCCUUGGCCAAAGAGUUGCUCCCUCCAGAGCCUUCAGAAAUUCGCCUUCUCCGUGGUCACCAGGGUCCAAUUACCUGCCUCGUGAUCUCUCCUGAUGACAGCUACCUGUUUUCUGGCUCCAAAGAUUGCUCGAUCAUUAAAUGGUCUGUGAGUGAUGGGAAGAAGAUUCACAAGAUCCCAGGUGGAAGGAAAGGCACAGAGAGCACGCAUGUAGGACACACGGGUCAUGUAUUAUGCAUGGCUUUGUCUUCAGAUGGGAAGUACCUGGCAUCUGGUGACAGGAACAAACUGAUCUUUAUCUGGGAUCCCGUGACAUGUCAGAACCUGCACAAGUUCCAGGGACAUCGAGAUGCAGUGUCUGGACUCUCCUUUCAGAAGGGAACCCACCAGCUGUUCAGUGUGUCACAUGACCGUUCUGUGAAAGUGUGGAAUGUAGAAGAAAAUGCUUACAUUGAGACCCUCUUUGGCCAUCAAGAUGCAAUCACAGGUUUGGACAGCCUGAGUCGGGAACGCUGUGUCACUGUGGGAGGCAGAGAUGGAACCAUGAGAAUAUGGAAGAUCGCAGAGGAGACCCAGCUAGUGUUCAGCGGCCAUGAAGGCUCUAUUGACUGUGUGCGGCUCAUAAAUGAGGAACAUAUUGUGACGGGAGCAGAUGAUGGUUCUUUAGCGCUCUGGACAGUGGGCAAGAAAAAACCACUGACGCAGAUGAAGUGUGCUCACGGGAGCCACGGGGACGCUGGACUGGAGCAGCCAUACUGGAUCUCCUCUAUAGCAGCUGCUCUUAACAGUGAUGUUGUGGCUUCAGGUUCUCAUGAUGGAUUUGUACAUGUUUGGCGCUGUGGGGAAGGAUUCCGCAGCCUGAGCCCUCUCUUCACAGUACCCGUGGUUGGCUUUGUAAACAGUCUACAGUUUUCCUCCUCUGCAAACUUCUUAGUUGCUGGUGUUGGCCAGGAGCACAGGCUUGGGCGUUGGUGGAGGAAGAAGGAGGCCAAAAACGCGCUGUGCAUAAUUCCCUUUAAGAGGACGCUUGUGCUAGGCUCUUGAUUCCAUGCUCCCUUCCCUUUAUAGAGGCAUAUUUUGUUGACCCUGUUGCACCCUGAUUGUUAUAUUUUAUAAAACUCUGUAGUUUUCAAACUCA